GACGCUGCCACUCGCUCGCCAUGGAUACUCCUAGAGUCCUGCUGUCGGCCGUCUUCCUCAUCAGUUUCCUGUGGGAUUUGCCCGGUUUCCAGCAGGCUUCCAUCUCAUCCUCCUCGUCAUCCGCGGAGCUGGGCUCCUCCAAGGGAAUGAGAAGCCGCAAGGAAGGGAAGAUGCCGCGGGCGCCACGAGACAGUACCACGGUCCGGGCGCCCCUGGAGCGCCAAGAGCCACUACCGCGGCCACAGGAUGAACCCCGGCGGCGGCCGCCGCAGGAGCCCCAAGCGCAGGAGCCUCCCGGCAGGGGCCCGCGCGUGGUGCCCCACGAGUACAUGCUGUCAAUCUACAGGACUUACUCCAUCGCCGAAAAGCUGGGCAUCAACGCCAGCUUUUUCCAGUCUUCCAAGUCGGCUAAUACGAUCACUAGCUUUGUAGACAGGGGACUAGACGAUCUCUCGCACACUCCUCUCCGGAGACAGAAGUAUUUGUUUGAUGUGUCCACGCUCUCAGACAAAGAAGAGCUGGUGGGCGCGGAGCUGCGGCUCUUUCGCCAGGCGCCCGCAGCGCCCUGGGGGCCACCGGCAGGGCCGCUCCACGUGCAGCUCUUCCCCUGCUCGUCGCCCCUGCUGCUGGACGCGCGGACCCUGGACCCGCAGGGGGCGCCCCGGGCCGGCUGGGAAGUCUUCGACGUGUGGCAGGGCCUGCGCCAGCAGCCCUGGAAGCAGCUGUGCUUGGAGCUGCGGGCCGCGUGGGGCGAGCCGGGAGCCGGGGAGGCCGAGGCACGCGCGCCGGCGCCCCAGCAGCCGCCGCCCCCGGACCUGCGGAGUCUGGGCUUCGGCCGGAGGGUGCGGCCUCCCCAGGAGCGCGCCCUGCUCGUCGUGUUCACCAGAUCCCAGCGCAAGAACCUGUUCGCCGAGAUGCGCGAACAGCUGGGCUCGGCCGAGGUUGCGGGCCCCGGAGCCGCGGGCGCCGAGGGGUCGUGGCCGCCGCCGUCGGGCGCCCCGGACGCCGGGCCUUGGCUGCCCUCGCCCGGCCGGCGGCGGCGGCGCACGGCCUUCGCCAGCCGCCACGGUAAGCGGCACGGCAAGAAAUCGAGGCUGCGCUGCAGCAAGAAGCCCCUGCACGUGAACUUCAAGGAGCUAGGCUGGGACGACUGGAUUAUCGCGCCCCUGGAGUACGAGGCCUACCACUGCGAAGGCGUGUGCGACUUCCCGCUACGCUCGCACCUGGAGCCCACCAACCACGCCAUCAUCCAGACGUUGAUGAACUCCAUGGAUCCCGGCUCCACCCCGCCCAGCUGCUGUGUGCCCACCAAAUUGACUCCCAUCAGCAUCCUGUACAUCGACGCGGGCAAUAACGUAGUCUACAAGCAGUACGAGGACAUGGUGGUGGAGUCCUGCGGCUGCAGGUAGCGGCGCCUUCCCCGCUGCCCUGACUGCAGAGAGGUGGAGGAGGAGGUGGCCUCGGAGGACGCCGGGGGUCGGGGAGCAGCCUGGAUGUGGCAGCUGGGUGGGAGAGGAGGGCGCUCAGCCUUCCCGGAACCUUCCACCUGCCAGCCCAGAGGGAGACCCUGAUUUUCACACCUUGCCUGGACAUCCAGGAAAAACAAGCCAAGGAGGAUUUAUUUAGUUUUUGUUUGUUUGUUUGUUUUGUUUGUUUGUUUUUUCUUUAUUAUCGUGGCUUUGGAUUUCCUUGUGGGCCUCACAGGUUUUGAUAGGAGGUGGGGGGCGGGGAGACGCAUACCUGUUUCUCAACAGCUCCAUGGAUUGAAAAAUUAAUAGUUUAAGAAGAGAAACAGCGUGGGAGGAAGAAUCACCUUUGACCACGUCUUGGUUUGAUUGUUUUCUACCCAUGUAAAGAAGGUGGUUUUUUUUUUUUUUUUUUUUUUUUUUUUUUCUGGCCAUGUCAUAGCCUGUGCCUUGUGACCUCCCAAGCAGAGAGUGUUCAAAUAGAGGAACUAGCACCGAGAAUAGGAAAGCCAGGAAGGGCCCUGCCUUUAGAAGAACUUGCUCCUGUACUGACUGGGCCCUGGCCUCUCCCAGUGCAGAGAGCUGGCAAUCCGCAUCUCACUGGAGGGGACUCCGGUCACUGCCUUUACUGUUGCUUUUUCUGGUAGGGGAAAGGGGAACUGGUAUGGAUGGAAUGACAAGAAUGAGUCCAAAUGGAACCCCCGAAGGAUAAUGAGAAACCACAAGGCCUGCCUCUGAGGGGGCCUGACACUGAGGUGUAUGAACCAGGAUGGAGGUAACCCAGGAAAACCCCUUCUGUGGUGUCUGUUUCUAAUUGAUUUUUCUAAGCAGAGUCUGCCAAAAUUCAGACAUCCCCUUUUAAGGGGAAGGUGAUUUUCCAGUUAAACAAAAAGCAAGUAGGGGUGGGAAGCUAUAUAACUAAGAUAAGAGGUGCAGAGAAGGGGAAAUGCGCCCAGAAGCAGAGGAUGAAGUCAGGAGGGGAGGUGGUGGCCCCCUUGGAAGGAUGGGGAGAUGGGGCCAGUCCAGAAGCAGUCAAGAGAGGGAUGAAGGGGACUCUGGUCCCUGUGCCCAGAGAUUUCUUUCACAUCUAUGUUCCCUCCCCUCUUUCUAACAUUCCUGAAAGAUUACCAACCAGCAAUAGCCCAGGGCUCCCCCCAAAAGAAUUGUUUCAGAUUGUAAUUACCAGUUAGGCAAUGUUUUUAAAACUUAGUAAUGAGAAACUGUGAAAAGAGCAAAGUGUUACAUUGAGCUCUGGGUGGGAGACAGUGAGGAGGGAGGCAGGGGUGGAAUUCAUCUUCUAGAAGGAAGCAGGAGAGAGCACAAUGCAAUUAAAUACCCAUUCCCAGAUUGUUGAACCCAUAAACUCCCCCCACCCCCUGCACCAGUAUUAUUUUCAAAUGUUGUCCAUAAGUAGGCCAUUUGCAGAGUUUGUUUCCUCAUCUUUGACCAUGAAAUGGUGUACAUAAGGGAACUUGCACCAACCAUUAAAGAAAAUUUUUGUUUUUUCCCAAGUGGUUUUGCUCUCUCAAUCUAAACCUGUUGCUUGUUUGGUUCAGAGAACUACAAACUGUCCAAGAAAGGGUGAGAAUGAUAAUAAAUGCUAAUAUAAAAUACUAAGUAAAAAAAAAAAAAAGACUUGGCCAGGAGAAAUAAUUUAAAAUGCACAUUUGCUUUGGAUGCACUGUUGUUCUGUUAAGGCUGUAUAUAUUUGUUUAUUUAAGGUGACUGAAAGUGCAAAGAGAAAGUGGAUAGCAUGCAAUUCAUCCUAAUGUACAAACGUUAUAUGCACUCAAAUGUUAUAAUUUCUAAUAUUUUUAAAGUUUAUAUUCGAGUUGUACAAAGUUAAGCAUUAAUCAGAUAUUUCAUUCUUUCAUAAUGUUAUCAUUUUCUUAAAUAUUAUUACAAAAUUUUAAGUCUGUCUAAUGGAGAGUUUUUUUAAACUGUCUACCUCACUAUAAUACAAGUAUUACAACACUAAAGUUAUCAGAGGUCGAUUUUAUAUUCAAAGCAUUUUUUUACAGUACACUUUUCCUGGAUGAUAUUCCAUCUAAUACUGUAUUAUUAAACUCAUUUUC